AUGAACAGGACUCUGCAGAACACCAUGCGCAAACUGUUACGUGGCAUGCGGCUACCCAACCACCAGUGGCCCGAAGCAAUGGACCACGCCGUGAUGCUGCACAACUUGCUUUCUUCGUCGUCACUCCCGAACAACACAUCACCGCAUCUGCUGUGGACAGGAAAACUGGGCAGCACAAAAAUGUUACGAGUCUUCGGCUGCAUGGUACAGUACCGACCCCCAUCUGCACGAGCCGGCCGAUUCUCUCAACGCGCACAGUGGGGACUACACCUGGGCAUCGAAAAACAUUACAACGCGUGGAAAAUCUUCGACAUCCACACCAAAGAAACAGUAGCAGCACGUGAUGUCAUUUUCUACGAACGACUCACGCUGCCAACGUACCUUGCCAACCUGGACGAAAAUCGAGACCCCACAGGCGGCUUCCGUGGCGAUCGAGCCUUCGCUUCGGCAGAAGACGAAGCUGACUGGGACGAGCAGAAUGUGGAAGGAGCCUCGGAAGAAGCCGGACCUCUUCCCUACUGCUCAGUGGACGUACCGAUGGACGAAGAAAACCCUCGCGAAAGCGUCAACGCCGAAACUUACUACCACUUCGCCGACAACGGUUACGUUACACCUGCUGAAGUCAACACCAACGAAGCAGAACGCAUAGGGCCCAACUUCGCACCUGAUCCAGAAGCUGGAGACGAGGCAGUCUAUCCCGAGGACACCACACUCCCCCGCUACACACAGAGCGGACUCCAAAUCCUUGGGCUCGUCACCGCGGUCCACGGCGCUGACAUUCCUAAGGAGCCUGCAACAGUUCAGCAGGCUCUGGGGGGGGAGCAUAAAGAAAAAUGGCGCGAAGCCAUGGACAAGGAACUGAAGGCAUUAGAGGAACGCAACACCUGGAAAGUCGUUCCCAUCGGCGUAGCGCGAAACAAGACCAUUCUUACCGGGAAAUGGGUCUUCCGUGUGAAGACGAAGGCCGACGGCACCAUCGACAAGUUCAAAGCGCGUUGGGUCGUUCGCGGCUUCGACCAGGAACAUGGACGAGACUUCACUGAAACCUUCGCUCCGGUCAGCCGCCACACUUCACUUCGAAUUCUUCUCGCCAUCGCCGCUAUGAAGAAAAAGAAACUGCGCCAAAUCGACGUCGCGAACGCAUUUCUCUACGCACCGGUCGAUGCAGAGAUUUUCGUGGAACUACCGCACGGCUCCAACACAAAUUCCACGCACGUCUGCCAGCUACUAAAAUCGCUCUACGGGAUCAAACAGGCGCCGCGACUGUGGCAGCAGUACCUGCAUACUCGCCUCAUCCGCAUCGGCUUCAAACAACUCCCGCACGAUCAGGGCAUGUACCGCCUCACGAAGAACAGCGACUACAUCUUGCUAAUUGUCUACGUGGACGAUCUUCUCUACAUCGGCUCUACCGACGGCAUCACCUGGUUCGAAGGGGAGCUGCAGAAGGACCUCACCCUCACUGUCUCAUCUACCGUCACACAGUAUCUCGGACUUAACAUUCGAGAAGAUAACGACGCGAUCUACCUCAGCGCCGAAAAGUACGCCGACACCAUCGCCAAACGAUUCGGAAUUACGCCAGCCGCGAUCUCAACACCAUACCGCUACACGACAGGAGCCGAUAAGGAAUCUGCCCCACUUAAGCCCGCCGGCAUACGCGGCUAUCAGAGGAAGCUAGGUUGCCUCCUCUUCGCAGCCGUCACUUGCCGACCCGACCUAUCCUACUCCGCAAGCCAGCUCGCCACUCAUCUCAAGAAGCCUGAAGCAGAACACCUGGCGGAACUUGACCGCGCUCUGCACUACUUUAUCAGCACCGCAAUGAUCGGCUUAACUUAUCACAAGAACGCAGCUACACCAACCAAGCUAAUCGGCUACGUCGAUGCCGAUCACGCCGGCGACACUGACAACAGGCGCUCACGCACCGGCUAUGUCUACCGCCUCGAGCCUAUCGGUCCUAUCUCCUGGCAGUCGAGCAAGCAGGAGUUAAUUGCACUAUCUUCAGCCGAAGCAGAAUAUAUCGCGCUCUGCUCAGCCACCAAGGAGGGACUUUACCUUCGCGAGCUGCUGGAAGAAGCGAAGUUAGCCGAGUUACCCAACUUCACCGUGUUCUGCGACAACCAGUCAGCAAUUCGUAUCGCCAACAAGAACGGCUUCGCGAACAGGACGAAACACAUCGCCCUGCGUUACUUCUUCGUAAAGGACGAGAUCGAGAAGGGGAGACUCGAGCUGUCAUACUGCCCCACAUCCGAGAUGGCAGCUGACUACUUGACCAAGAAACUCGGAAAGCAAAAGUUCGAGUAUUGCAUGCUGCUGACUGGACAGAGCCACGUCACCAGCAGCGACACUCCAGAAGCGAAGGGGAGUGUUGGAAACAAUAAAACUUAA